AUGGAGCAGAGUGAACAUGACCUGUUGGAGGAAGCCAACAAUGUCGCUACCUUGGGCGAAUAUUUCGCGUGGGUGCAACGUUGUGAUGAGUGUAUUGAACAAUUGGAAGAAAAGAGUCGUGCCAAGCGUCCGCGACUAUCCAUCGGAAAUAUACAAUCGUUAGUGGCUCGAAUCGCGCGGCUCGAGGGAUUGAAGAAGCGUUUGGAAAGACGCUUUAUACAUUUCGGUGGUGAUUACGUCGAACAGCCUUCCAGCGCAGAACUCUCGUGGCAAGAGAUUGAUACCGCGUUCGAAAACCGUAUACUAACCGGUGCGGUGAUCAACGCGAAUUACACCGAGCCGCGACGAUUCCUGGAAGACGCUAGCAGCAUAGUGCUGAGGCAUGUGCGCAACGCUAUUGAACAACACAACAGCGUAAAAGUGAACACCGUGUUCAACGGCGAGUUCGUGGCUGGUGAGAAGACCGCCAAUAAAAGUAUCAACACGAAAAAUCGUGGCCUCUUCCCUGCAUCCGAUCUGCAAGAAUGUUCCAAGAGCGGGUGGGCGUUGUCGCGUAUAUUGAACCUGACAAUCAGCAUUAACAAGUACAAUCCCUUGUACGCGGGAUGUUACAUCAGGUUACCGGAGGAGAUCACGACGAAGAAGACCGUAAUCAACGUGCAUUCUAUGGACAAUGCGUGCUUCGCGUGGUCGGUGGUCGCCGCUCUGUACCCGGCGGAAAGACACGUAGACCGAUCAGCUUCCUAUCCGCAUUAUACAACGGUGCUGAAUCUCCAGGGCAUAGAGUUUCCCGUAACGCUGAAGAACAUUGCCAAGUUCGAACGUCUGAACGACAUCUCCAUAAACGUGUAUACCAUCCAGGAGAAGAAGAAAGAAGAGGAACAACUCACGAUCGUUCCGAUACGACUCACCGAUGAGAAGAUGGAUAAGCACGCGAAUCUACUGUACGUGCAAGAUGCGCAGGACAACAACGUGGGACAUUUCGCUUACAUCAAGAAUCUGUCCCGCUUGGUGAGCUCCCAGAUAAAUAAGAAGAAUGGGCAAAAAUACAUUUAUGAUCGAUGUCUACACUACUUCUACACUAAUAAGAAGUUGGAGGCCCACUCCGUGGAUUGCCAACGGAUGAACGAUUGCGCCAUCGUCUUACCCAACGAAGAGGACAAGUGGCUGCAAUUUACACACUAUAACCGGAAGGAGCGAAUGCCGUUCGUCGUGUACGCCGAUCUGGAGUGCAUCCUGCAGAAGACGGAGGAGGAGGACGACGACCCGAAGCUGUACCAGUGUCACCAGGUAUUCAGCAUCGGGUAUUACGUGCGGUGCUUCUACAACGACUCGCUAUCCGGGUACCGAUCCCGUCGCGAUACCGAUUGUAUAUCGCGGUUCGUCGAAGAAUUAAGAAGUUUAGCGUAUCGCGUGAAAGCGACUUUGUCGAGAAAUGUCCCCAUGGUAGAAUUAACCCAAGACGAGCGCGACGCAGUGUUAUAUCUGCGAGAAACCGUUCGCGCCGGACGACACGCGGGUUCGUGAUCAUUGCCACUUGACCGGUCGGUACAGAGGUCCUGCGCACGCGAAUUGUAACCUAAAUUACAGAGAUUCGCAUACUAUUCCGA